AUGUCUAUUAUCUCCAAGUUCAAGCAAAUUGACAUUGACGACCGCGGUAGUCUCGAUCGUCCCACUGUGCUUCGUGAGGUGCAGCAAUUAGAGUCUGUGUCCUACGAUCAAGUUCGGGAAACACUCAAGGAUGUCAACUUAGAUGCAAGUGGCCGGGUAGAGAUUGAAGACUAUGUUGAUCUCAUUUCUCGAUUGCGUAAAGGCAGCAAUGCGCAGGCAGGUAUUGUUUCCAAAGGAAAAUUGAUGGUGAAAGGUCAUCAUGCUUCAACCCAGCAUACAAUCAAUGACGAUGAGCGGACGGAAUUUACUAGGCAUAUCAAUAUGAGUCUAGAUGGCGACAUUCACAUUGGAUCACGCCUGCCAAUUCCCACAGACACAUUUCAAAUCUUUGACGAGUGUCGUGAUGGUCUACUUCUUUGCAAGCUAAUCAAUAGCGCAGUUCCGGAAACUAUUGAUGAGCGUGUUUUGAAUCUAGGCAAGAUGGGGAAGGGUCCCAACGCAUUCCAAAUGACAGAGAAUAAUAAUAUUGUGAUUCAAUCUGCAAAAGCAAUCGGCUGCAGCGUUGUGAAUAUUGGCGCCCAGGACAUCACCGAUGGAAGAGAACACUUAAUUUUAGGCCUAAUUUGGCAAAUCGUUCGCCGGGGUCUUCUCAGCAAAAUUGAUCUCAAGCAUCAUCCUGAGUUAUAUCGCCUCCUUGAGGAAGAUGAAACAUUGGAAGAGUUUUUGAAGCUUCCUCCAGACCAAAUUCUUCUUCGCUGGUUCAACUAUCAUCUGCAAGCUGCCAAGUGGCACCGCAGGGUUACGAACUUUUCGAAGGAUGUAUCCGAUGGUGAGAACUACACUAUUCUCUUGUCACAGAUUAAAUCAGAUGUUUGUGACCGCAAGCCCCUUCAGGAGUCUGACUUGAUGGCUCGUGCUGAAAUGGUGCUGCAGCGCGCUGACAUGAUCGGCUGUCGCAAAUAUCUUACUCCCGGCUCUAUGAUUGCGGGAAAUCCAAAGCUCAAUCUCGCUUUUGUGGCCCAUCUUUUUAAUACAUGGCCUAGUUUGGAGCCACUCUCCGAAGCUCCGCCCAUGGACGUCGAGGAAUUCGAUGCAGAGGGUGAGCGUGAGGCACGCGUCUUUACAUUGUGGCUCAACAGUCUCGAUGUGGAACCUGGUGUCUACAAUUUGUUUGAAGAUCUUAAAGAUGGAAAUAUUUUGCUUCAAGCAUUUGAUAAAGUGUUGCCAGGGUCCGUAAGCUGGAGGCGAGUUUCUAAAGCCAAAGAAGGCACUGAACUAUCGCGUUUCAAGAUGGUUGAAAACACCAACUAUGUGAUCGAUCUCGCCAAAGCUAACAACAUGCAUAUUGUAGGCAUCCAAGGUGCUGAUAUCACCGACGGCGCUAAAACACUUACACUUGGCCUCGUAUGGCAAGUAAUGCGCGUAAAUGUGACUAGUACUAUGGAGGGUCUCAAAAAGAGCGGGAAGUCAGUGUCUGAUCUGGAGAUUCUCCAAUGGGCCAACAAUAAAGUGAAAGAAAGUGGGAAAUCUACAUCUAUUCGCUCAUUCCGUGACCCAUCUAUUUCAAAUGCUAAAUUUUUACUUGAUUUACUUGAGGUCAUUCGCCCGGGCAUCGUCGAUUACAAUCUUGUCAAACAGGGUUCUAGUGAGGAGGAGUGUCGGCUGAAUGCUAAAUUGGCCAUCAGUGUCGCACGAAAGCUUGGUGCACUGAUUUUCUUGGUUCCUGAGGAUAUUGUUGAAAUCAGACAACGUCUUAUUUUGACAUUUGUGGCGAGUCUUAGUAUGUACCAUGGUAAUUAA